CACAAUCGCUGGCAAUAUAUUUGAGAUCCUAAUUAUGUGCUGCAAAACAAGAUUUUUCCUAAAUGUUGCCAUUGUUUCUUUUUUACCUUAAAUUGGUGUCAUCUGGUUCUUGAUCCUUUCACUAAUGGAAUCAAUUUCUCCCUAUCCAGUCUGUCCAGACCCCUCAUGAUUUUGAAUACCUGUGUCAAAUCUGUUCCCCAUGGAGAACAGUACCAGCUUAUCCAAUCUAUCUGUGUAAUUGAAGUGUCUCAUUCCUGGAGACAUUCUCAUGACUCUUUAUUGUAACCUCUCUAGUGUCUUCACAGUUCUUCCUAAAAUAUUGUGCCCAGAACCGGAUCCAGUACCCCAGUUGAAGCUGCACUGGUGUUUUAUAUAUCAACAGACAAGAUAAUAUGUGUCCCUGUGCCAGAAGGUUUCUCAAUGGCCACCAUGCAAUGGAACAAAACUGCUCUUAAAGGUCGUAAACUAAAUAGUUUUGAUUCUGGAUUUAAGACUGAUUUGGACCGUGAGCAAUACAACUUGAUGGAUCAAUAUUGUUAUGACCAUGCAAUUCAAUGGUAUUCAAAAUAUUUCCCAUACAUAGCUAUCAUUCACACACUUAUAUUUUUGAUCAGCAGUAACUUUUGGUUCAAAUUUCCAGGAACAAGUUCCAAAAUUGAGCAUUUUAUAUCAAUUCUUGGAAAAUGCUUAGAUUCUCAAUGGACUACUAAGGCACUUUCAGAAACUGUUUAUGAGGAUUCAGAUCUACAGAUUCCACAAAGAACAGUUUUAUCAACAGAACCAUCUGUAUCUUGCUCUUUAAACUUAGAGCAAUCGUCUGAUACCGCCCUUUUGCUGGGACAAAAAGAAUCCAGUAGUGACAGACUGUGUGACAAUGAUGCACAAGCAUCGUUGUGCAAACCUCCUUCGAAGACUUUCAAAACUGUUGGAGGUGGUGUUUAUGGUCAUGCUGCAGUGAAAAUCUUAGAUAAAAAGGAGGGUGAACAAGCAAAGGCAUUGUUUGAAAAAGUCAAAAAGUUUCGUCUGCACACAGAAGAAGGUCAUAUUCUUUAUAUGAUGUACAUAAGGCAAACUAUUUUACGUACAGUUCAGACAAUUCUUGUUCUUGCUUAUUUUGUAACUCGGAUUCCUCAAAUGAAACACAUUGUGCAUUGUGUAGAUAAAAUUCAUAUCACAGGCUUUACAGAAUUUUUCUGCAUCCAUGGUCUUUGGAGGAUAUUCAGGAUGUUGUCUAUCGUGUAUGUAGUUGUCAUAUUCAUUUAUUGUAUAACCUGUAUCUACACAUUGUAUUGGAUCUUCUAUUUUAAACUUAAGGAAUACUCAUUUGCAUAUGUCAGGGAAGAAACUGGGAUUGAUGACAUUCCUGAUGUGAAGAAUGAUUUUGCAUUUUUACUGCAUCUGAUUGACCAAUAUGAUAAACUGUAUGCUAGGAAAUUUGCUGUGUUUCUUUCUGACGUUAGUGAAAACAAACUCCGUCAACUGAACCUCAACUAUGAAUGGACACACGAGAAGCUUCAGCAACGUAUUGUUACUAAUGAAGACAACAAAACUGAAUUACAUCUCUUUAUGCUGCCUGGUAUUCCUAAUAAUGUUUAUGAUAUUUAUAACCUGCAAGUACUAAAAUUGGAAUUUAUUAAGGAUGUUUCUAUUAGUGCAGCCAUUUCACAGCAAACGUCACUCCAAGAACUGUGGGUAUACAACUGUAUAAUAAAAGUAGAAAAUCGAGCACUUGCAUUUUUAAAAGACACAAUAACAAUUUUACGAGUUCGAUUUGCAAAUGCUUAUGAAAUACCACAGUGGAUGUACUGUCUAAAAAAUCUCCGUGUACUUUAUCUGGAAGGAAACUUAUUAAUUGACAACAAAACUUCGAUUGUCCUCCAAUCAUUAUGUGACUUAGAACGUCUUAGGUCUUUGCACCUGAAGUCCAAUGUCACCAAAGUACCUGCUGCAGUUAUUGAUGUUGCCCAUCACCUUCAACACCUCACAAUUCACAAUCAGGGCAAAAAACUCACCACUCUUAACGGCCUCAGGAAGAUGCUGUGUCUGUCUGUUCUAAAGCUGUAUAACUGUGAUCUAGAGAGGAUCCCGAGUGCUGUAUUUAGCUUGAGCAAUCUUCAGGAAUUGGACCUCAAAGACAACAACCUGAGGACAUUAGAAGAACUGGCUAGUUUCCAGCAUCUUCGCAAACUCUCCAUACUCAAACUUCAUCACAACAAAAUUACACAAAUUCCUCUAUACAUUGCCAAGGCUAGUUCACUGGAAAUGCUUUCUUUAACUAAAAAUAAUGUUGCUUUUCUUCCCUCAAAUCUCUUCAAGCUUACUGGAUUACGACAUCUUGAAGUUGGUCAUAAUAGUAUUACAAGCAUUCCUACUGAAAUAGAACAGCUGGAGGAUCUUCAUUAUUUUGACAUUGAAAGUAACAAAAUAUCUGAGCUACCUUUGGAACUGUUUUAUUGUACAAAACUUAGGGUGUUGAUACUUUCAUACAACCUUUUGACUUCCAUUCCACCCAAGGUGAAAAAUUUGACACAACUGAGACAAUUGGAUCUGAAAGGGAACAAAUUGCAAUAUUUGCCACCUGAGCUAGUGAAGUGUCAGUGUUUGAAGAGGAGUCAGUUGAAUGUAGAAGAGGAUAUUUUCAACACACUGCCAUAUGACAUUAGAGAAGAGUUUCUAAACAGGGAAUCUAGGUGAACAGCAUGUAAACUUCAAUAUUUUAAUUAAAUGAAUAGUUUCUCUCAGAUUUUCAUGCACGUCAGAUGUGUAACUAUUUGAAUAGAUCCUUGUGUUUUAUUCAGCCAGAACCUUCGCUGGAAAUAGUUUGAUAUUUCAAGAUACUUCCAUCCCAAAAAAAAGCAUAUGCCAGCUGUAGCAGAAGAGUUAAGAGGGAAAAUAAAGAACAAGGGGAGAUAAGUAUAAUGCUCAGCUGGCUUAAGAUCCUGCCAAAGAUGGAGGGAGGCUGACCCAGAACAGGAAGACCAGAGAGAACUUGAGGACUUGUCAGAGAUUGGGAAGAAGAAGAAAGGGAGGGGUUUAUAAAUGAAAAUGAUAAAUACAGUGUUUUAGUAAGCAUAGGACCAAUGAAAAUUGAGAAAUAAAUUCUGUGCAGUGAAGGAGGGCUUAUGUAAG